AUGGCAGAACUGGAAAGGAGAAGGAGACCCCCUCCGCAACUGCAACAUUCUCCCUAUGUUAGGGAUCAGUCCAAUUCGCCAGGAAUGACAAAGACACCACAAACAUCACCACCUAAAAGACCUAUGGGAAGAGCGAGGUCGAACUCGAGAAGUAGUGGAUCCCGUUCAAAUGCAGACAUAGAUCAGUAUACCAUACCAACAGAUCUAGAUUCGUUAACCACCGCUUCACCUCCAUCUUCCGUCCAUCACGUUUCACAACAGCAACAAUUGUCCCCCAUAUUGGCUAACAAAACUCGCUCUUCACUUGAAAAUGGAAGUCGAAAUCAAAUUGAUAAUCCUGUAGACUUACCAUCGGCUGAGCAAGUAACAAUUCCCAUACAGGCAAUUCCUCCGCCGGCAUCGGGUGAACUGUCGAAAUUCCAAGAUGAUUCAAUUAAGCAAUUAUCUGGAAUAGGGUUAUCCAACAACCGCAAGAAGCAUACUCAUAUAAUUAUACUCAAGUCAUUAAAUGCAACCUUUGAGACCAAGUUUCUUGUUGUACCAUUCAAACCUGACGGACUAAAGUUAGGUCGGCCAGUUACCAAUAAUCUAAACAAGAAUAAUUCAGCCUCAAAAAGAGAUUUGUUUUCGCAACAAGUUAGGCCAGAUAACGGAAAUUUCGAUUCAAGAGUUCUAUCUAGAAACCACGCCUGUUUAAGUUGUGAUCCUACAACGGGAAAAAUAUACAUUCGCGAUUUAAAAUCGAGUAAUGGGACGUAUGUUAACGGGGUAAAAAUUGAUCAAAAUGAUGUAGAAUUGAAAGUUGGCGACACUGUCGAUUUGGGAACCGAUAUCGAUACGAAAUUUGAACAUAGAAAGAUUAGCGCGUAUGUAGAAGAGGUUUCAGUCAUUCCCCUAAUGAAUUCUGCCCCUGAUCCUACGAGUUUGAUAACGAGAAAACAGGAAUUUACCAGUAAGAGUGAUGGUAAUUCCACCGAUAUAAACGGAAUGAAAUUAGACAAAACACAUCAUACUCAAAAUAUCCCACUACGAUCCCAUUUGAAUGAAAGUUACACUGAAGCUGGCGUAACAUCUGCCACAACCGCUCAAAGAGCUGCUUUUGAGGCUGCCAUGUUUGGAGACGUUAAUAAUAUGGAAUUGGAUGAUGACAUUUUAGGCUUAGAAACCGAGGUUCUCAGUGGAAUUUUCAUUAAUAAUUCUGCGGGCACAAGUAUGAACUUGAUAAAUAUGAUAAAGACUCUAACUACCGAACUAUCGUUAGAAAGACAGGAAUUGGAAAAAUUACAUUCCAUGCAAAACUUCAUAGCAAACUACACCGCAAACUUGGGCUCUAUAAAUAAGCACAUGAUUGAUAUGAACGAAAAGCAUUUACUAAAACUAAGCACGGCUUUACAAAAAACUCUAUCAGAAAACAAUGACGCGCUACUCAGAGAAUCAGAACAUCAAUUAAAAGAGAUUAAGCAGCAAAAUAAUAAAAUCAAAUCUGCAUGUAGCUUGAAAGAAAAACAAAGUUGUGAAAUGUUAAAAGAAAUAGAAGAUGAACUAAUGGAUCUAAACUCCCAAAUAGAAGAAGAAAGGAACAAAAAUUCAAUUUUAACGAAGAAUAAUUCUAGCAAUAAUAUCAGUAAUGGGAAUACUGCUAGAAUCAAACGAGAAGAUUCAGGGGAAAACAAGAAAGAUAGUCAAGAAACAUUAGUAAGUACUGAAGAAGUAGAGAUCGUUGAGGGCAAUAAACCGAAAGCUGGUAAAAGAAUACUUUUCGGGAUAGUUGCCAUCUCAUUUGGAUUAGUUGCGACAGCUGUUAAGCAAUUGCCGCAGUAA